AAAAAGCGCCCGGAAGAUUCCAUUUGUGUUUUUAUUCGAACUCUUCGGAGCUCGUGAGUGGCAGCGGCAGCAGCAGCGGCAACUCUUCGACGGAAGGACACUCUACAACUCUUAAACACCAGUUUACUGUUUUAUAUUCACUGUUUUAAUAUCUGUAUUAUCUUUUAAUUACUGUAUAAUUGUAUUAUCUUUACUGUUUUUCACUUUUUACUAAUUAAUUGUAUUUUUGUUUUUCAGGUUACUGUAGCCGCUGAGGGAGCUCACCCCCAUACCGAUCAGGUAUGGAUCCCCAGUGGAGGAGCAGACCUCUUCCAAUAGUGGCGCAGUCAGGAGACUUUCCUUUCAGGACUCGUCCUGUGUCUCCGUGGCAGGGUGAAGAGCCAGCCGCCUGGGAGGAGCCCCCGCCGUGUCAGCCCGGGUCUCUCGAGAUGAAGCGGAGGGCCCACAUUAAGAUGUGGAUAGAAGGUCAGCUGGAGGGACUCCUGCCCACCUCCCACCCAGAGUGUCCAUUGCUUUCAACCACACCUGCAAGGUAUGGCUGCAAGACUCUGGUGGCGAUUGCGGAGGCAGAACCCUGGAACAGGCUGGACACUACUGGUACAGUUGCACUGUGUGAGGAAGCCCGGAUUGCGUCCCUCACCACCACCUGCCCCCCGAAGACAUUCAGCCAGUCAGAUGGCCCGAUGCUGGUGGCAGAGGCGGAUCCCUCUUACAGGCUCGACACCACUGGACCAGUGCCUAGGAUUAUCCCAGGUCCAGCUGCACAGGCUGUGGCUGACUUGGAAGAUGACAGUGGAGAGGAGGAGUUCCUGGAGCAAGCUCCUAUAACACAGUGGGAGGAAGCAGAGGUAGCGUCCCUUACCACCACCUUCCACUCAGAGACAUCCAGCCAGCUGAGGGGGAUCUGGAGAGCAGCGUGGAGGUCAUGGUGGAGGGCAUAGAAACAGCUCCCAAAAACAAGAGAGGAUGGCUACAGCGCUGUCUGAAACUCUGGAGGAGCACAGCCUCUACCUUUCUUUCCUGCUGUCCUUACAGGGUAAAUAGAU